AUGAAGAUCCGAACCACACACUCGCCUUUAGUCCUUCUCCUUCUCCCUGCCGUAACAAAUGCGCUCGCCUCCAACGAUAUUGCCGACCUACCUGCUCCAGGAGUCGCGAUUACAGAACAGACCAAUGACUUGCCCCAGGCCGGCGUAAAGCGCCAUGAUAUUCCAACGAAAUAUGCCCCCGUUGAUGGCAGAGACGGAAAGCCUCACCACGGACCUUUUAUCGAAAUAGAUGAUCACAAGAAGACCCCUGAAGUGACCCUUGAGGCUGGUUCCGACACUGCAGCAGGAUCUGGCUCGGGGGCCGCAGCCGCAGCCGCAGCCGCAGCCGGAGCUGGAGCUGGAGCUGGAGCUGGAACGGGUGCAUCAGCAGGUGCAGUAGCUGGCACAGAGCCCAAAACUGGAACCGAGGCUGCUCCCAAAAUCGACAGCAACCCAGAUUCCCUCCCUGGACUCAAAGGCCGACCCGAAGACCCGACUGUCGUAGAUGGCGAAAAGAUACCCGAAACCAAUGAUGGUGUCAUGUUCGACACUAACCGAGUCCAUGCCCAGGAAGGCACCACUGGAACUGAAGGCGGUGUGACUGAGAGAUCCAGAGCCCGAAAACUUGAAGAGGAUCUCGCUGGCGAGGAGACCUUCAGGAAACCCUCAUCACCCAAGGAGGCGCCUCCUCUGCCACACAGUGAAGAGGAAAAGAUUCGAGCUUCUGGAGGGGACAAGGCCAAGGAGCUUGGCGACGACACUGGCAGCGCGAAGGUAGAAGACGUUGUGCCCAAAGCUGCAAAGCCUGUUCUCAGCAAUGAUGAUAAGCAUGAUUACACUGCGGGACUCGAGAAACCUGCCGAUCUUCCCGACCGACCCGUUGGACAGAACAAACCCGUUCAAGACUCAACAAAGACUGAGCCCAUCGAUCUGAGCCGAGGGAAGACACACGAUGGACACCAUGAUGACGAGAGUAUUAUCCAGCCAUUCCACUCUUUUGUGCUAUCCUUCACCAUGAUUCUGGUCUCUGAAGUUGGUGACAAGACGUUCUUGGUUGCAGCUCUCAUGGCUAUGAAGCACGACCGUAUGGUUGUGUUCACUGCCGCUUUUGGUGCUCUUCUUGUCAUGACUGUUCUUUCGGCUGUUCUGGGCCAUGCAGUUCCUACUCUCAUCCCCAAGCGUGUCACCAGUUUUCUCGCUGCUGGUCUCUUCUUCGUCUUCGGUGCGAAGCUGCUGCGAGAGGGUAUGCAGAUGGACCCUAACGAGGGUGUCUCUGCUGAGAUGCACGAGGUCGAACAAGAGCUUGCCGAAAAGGAAAAAGAGAUGGGCCGAAAGCGAGGCGACUCUGUGUCUGCUUACACUCUUGAGAUGGGUAUGAGUGGGAACGGCCGCAGGUCUCGACCCAGCAACCGUCUAAUGUCUCCUCCUCGAUCGCCUUCUCAGUCACCUGUACGAGAUAUUCGCUCGAGCUCGGGUGCUGUUGCCAGCAUUGUCCAGGGUGCUACCAACCUCUGCUCUCUUCUGCUUAGCCCUGCCUGGGUUCAGACAUUCAUCAUGACCUUCCUCGGCGAGUGGGGUGAUCGAAGCCAAAUUGCCACUAUUGCUAUGGCAGCCGGUCAGGAUUACUGGUGGGUGACCUUGGGUGCUACGUGCGGCCAUGCCAUCUGCACUGGUGUUGCUGUUAUCGGUGGUCGAGCUAUUGCCGGUCGAGUCAGCCUGAAAGUUGUCACUGUGGGCGGUGCCACUGCUUUCCUUAUCUUUGGCGUCAUCUACCUCCUUGAGUCUCUCUACAGCUAG